GCGCAACCUCCGUCGCCGUCCACCCGCGCGCAGAUGCAAGUAGUCUUGCGGCACCGGAAGUCAAAGGCACGUGACCGGGUGACAGCCCUCUCUAGGUUGCUGGGCUCGCUUUAGGUGUUGCGGCACGGGAUGGCGGAGGCGCCUCCUGUCUCAGGUACUUUUAAAUUCAAUACGGAUGCUGCUGAGUUUAUUCCUCAGGAGAGAAAAAAUUCUGGUCUAAAUUGUGGAAGUCAAAGGAAACUAGAUUUUAAUAGGAUUGGUAGAAGAAAUUAUAGUUCACCACCUCCCUGCCACCUUUCCAGGCAAGUCCCUUAUGAUGACAUCUCUGCUGUUCAUCAGCACAGUUAUCCUUUGGGAAGCAAACCUAAAAGUCAACAGAUUUCUUUUCAGUCCUCUGCUUCUAAUAAAUCACUCAAGAGCCAUGUCCUUCAGAAUCAACCUUGGCAGAAAUUGAGGAGUGAAAAGCAGCAUAUCAAAGUCAAGAAAGUACAGAAUCUCACUGACCAGAGCUCAGAUGCAGCUGGCUUAGAAAGUGUGGCUAGGUCAGAGAGUGGGACAAACCCCAGAGAACACAGCCCUUUUGAGAAUGAGAAGGAAAUUGUUGGUGCAGAUCCAAGGGGAGCAAAACCCAAAAAAGCAGCCCAAUUUGUGUACAGCUAUGGUAGAGGACCAAAAGUCAAGGGAAAACUCAAAUGUGAGUGGGGCAACAGAAUGACUCCAAAAUCUGAGGAUGCUGGACCUGAAAAUACCAAACCUCUGGGGGUUAUCCACCCUGACUCUUUGGAUACAUCCUUUAAGAAAGGAGUAUUGGAUGGGUAUGCGGCCAGACGCAAUGAGCAGAGAAGAUACCCACAGAAAAGGCCUCCCUGGGAAGUGGAAGGGGCCAGGCCACGACCAGGCAGGAAUCCACCAAAACAAGAGGGCCAACGACAUACAAAUGCCGGACCCAGAAACAACAUGGCCCCCAUUCCAAAGGAUAAUCCUAAUGAAAGACCAGCAAAAUCUGCCUGUGACAAUGGGAACUUGGCAGUCAUCAACAAGUCUUCCAGGAGGGUUGACACAGAGAAAUGUGCUGUAAGGAGGCCAGAUCCUCAAGUAACAUCUUUCCCCCGAGGCAAACAGAACCAUGUACUAAAGAAUGUGGAAACGCACACAGGCUCUCUAAUUGAACAGCUAACUACAGAAAAAUACGAGUGCAUGGUGUGCUGUGAAUUGGUUCGCGUCACAGCACCAGUGUGGAGUUGUCAGAGCUGUUAUCAUGUGUUUCAUUUGAACUGCAUAAAGAAAUGGGCAAGGUCUCCAGCAUCUCAAGCAGAUGGCCAGAGUGGUUGGAGGUGCCCUGCCUGUCAGAAUGUUUCUGCACAUGUUCCUAAUACUUACACUUGUUUCUGUGGCAAGGUAAAGAAUCCUGAAUGGAGCAGAAAUGAAAUUCCACAUAGUUGUGGUGAGGUUUGUAGAAAGAAACAGCCUGGCCAGGACUGCCCACAUUCCUGUAACCUUCUCUGCCAUCCUGGACCUUGUCCACCCUGCCCUGCAUUUAUGACUAAAACAUGUGAAUGUGGACGGACCAGGCACACAGUUCGCUGUGGUCAGGCCGUCUCGGUCCACUGUUCCAAUCCAUGUGAGAAUCUUUUGAAUUGUGGUCAGCACCACUGUGCUGAGCUAUGCCAUGGGGGUCAAUGCCAGCCUUGUCGGAUUAUACUGAACCAGGUAUGCUACUGUGGCAGCACUUCCCGAGAUGUGUUAUGUGGAACAGAUAUAGGAAAGUCUGAUGGAUUUGGAGACUUUGGCUGUUUAAAGAUAUGUGGCAAGGACUUGAAAUGUGGGAACCAUACAUGUUCUCAAGUGUGCCACCCUCAGCCCUGCCAGCCGUGCCCACGGCUCCCCCAGCUGGUGCGCUGUUGCCCUUGUGGCCAAACUCCUCUUAGCCAAUUGCUAGAACUUGGAAGUAGUGGUCGGAAAACAUGCAUGGAUCCUGUCCCUUCGUGUGGAAAAGUGUGCGGCAAGCCUCUGCCAUGUGGUUCCUUAGAUUUCAUUCAUACCUGUGAAAAGCUCUGCCAUGAAGGAGACUGUGGACCAUGCUCUCGUACAUCAGUUAUUUCCUGCAGAUGCUCUUUCAGAACAAAGGAGCUUCCAUGUACCAGUCUCAAAAGUGAAGCAGAUGCUACAUUUAUGUGUGAUAAGCGGUGUAACAAGAAACGGUUGUGUGGACGGCAUAAAUGUAAUGAGAUAUGCUGUGUGGAUAAGGAGCACAAAUGUCCUUUGAUUUGUGGGAGGAAACUCCGUUGUGGCCUUCAUAGAUGUGAAGAGCCUUGUCAUCGUGGGAACUGCCAGUCAUGCUGGCAAGCCAGUUUUGAUGAACUAACCUGCCACUGUGGUGCGUCAGUGAUCUACCCACCAGUUCCCUGUGGUACCAGACCCCCCGAGUGUACCCAGACCUGCGCCAGAGUCCAUGAAUGUGACCAUCCAGUGUAUCAUUCUUGUCAUAGUGAAGAGAAGUGUCCCCCUUGUACUUUCCUAACUCAGAAGUGGUGCAUGGGGAAACACGAGUUACGAAGCAACAUCCCCUGUCACCUGGCUGAUAUCUCUUGCGGAUUACCCUGCAGUGCCACGUUACCGUGUGGGAUGCACAAGUGUCAGAGACUUUGUCACAAAGGAGAGUGUCUUGUGGACGAGGCCUGCAAGCAGCCCUGCAUCACCCCCAGAGCUGACUGUGGCCACCCGUGUAUGGCGCCCUGCCACCCCAGCUCACCCUGCCCCAUGACUGCUUGUAAAGCCAAGAUAGAGCUGCAGUGUGAAUGUGGACGAAGAAAAGAGAUGAUGAUUUGCUCUGAAGCAUCCAGUACUUAUCAAAGAAUAGCUGCUAUUUCCAUGGCCUCUAAAAUAACAGACAUGCAGCUUGGAGAUUCAGUGGAAAUCAGCAAGUUAAUUACUAAGAAGGAAAUUCACCAAGCCAGGCUGGAGUGUGAUGAGGAAUGUUUAGCCUUGGAAAGGAAAAAGCGGUUAGCAGAGGCAUUUCACAUUAGUGAGGAUUCCGAUCCUUUCAAUGUACGUUCUUCAGGGUCAAAAUUCAGUGACAGUUUAAAAGACGACGCCAGGAAGGAUUUAAAGUUUGUCAGUGACAUUGAAAAAGAAAUGGAAGCCCUUGUGGAGGCCGUGAACAAGGGAAAGAAUAGUAAGAAGAGCCACUGCUUCCCUCCCAUGAACAGAGACCACCGCCGGAUCAUCCACGACCUGGCCCAAGUGUAUGGCCUGGAGAGCGUGAGCUAUGACAGUGAGCCAAAGCGCAAUGUCGUGGUCACUGCAGUCAGAGGGAAGUCCAUUUGUCCUCCUACCACGCUGACAGGUGUCCUUGAAAGGGAAAUGCAGUCACGGCCUCCACCACCAAUUCCUCAUCACAGACAUCAGGCAGACAAGAAUCCUGCAAGCAGUAAUUUACAGAAAAUAGCCAAGGAACCAGUAAUUGACUACUUUGAUGUCCAGGACUAAGAAGAUCAAGAUGCACUUAGAUAAAAGAAUGAUUAGGUGUGAUGGAUACUCGUUUGCCAGCAGAUAAAUCGUGCUUGUUCCCAACUGCCUGGUGGACUCACACACAGCCUCACAGACUGUCUUAUACUGAUACGUCCAAAGCAUGAGUGUGUCAGAAGUCCCCUUGUCCCCUAUUCUGUCUGUAUAAAGUGUUUCAGUACGGCCAGAUCUCUGACUAGAUGGUCACUAGUGAUUCAGUCAUGUAUUUCAGAGGCUCUACCAUCACUGUGAUUGCUUAGAAGGCUGGGGGAACAUUGGGUUUGAUUUGAACAAACCAGAAUUUUAGCCUAAAGUGGCACUUACUCAUAGCCUCAUUUAUCCCAAUUAUCCAUCUUCCUCUUUAAAAUACCUGCAACAUCAGCUGCACCUCACUUUUUGGAUUAAUCCAAACUGAUCACAGUCUUCGGAAAGACACAAGUGAACUUCUCAGUCCAAAAUACCAAACAUAUCCAGAAUCCCACAUGUUGGGUUAAACCCAGCUAUCUUAUCUGAGUCUUUUGCCAAAAACUCUCAUAGGUCUAUCUAGUUGAACUUAUCUUAGGGGUUCUUGAUGCCAUCAGUUCUAGACAUAGAAAAGGGGUCAGGGUGAUUUACAGAAUUCCAUUUUCUAGAGUCCAGGGACGUUUCUCAUCCCAUAUCACUGAGCCUGUCUGGUGACAGUUUAGUUAUAUAUGCCAUGAUGGUAGAGGACAUAGAGCAAGCUCCUCCUCCUGGCAGUUUCACACCAUGGCCUCUGUGUACUGACCAGUGUAGCCCUAACUCCUCUUUGGUUGAGAAUGAGUCACAGGUGGAUUUACCUUUCCUGUGUUGCUUUCUCCCAGGCCUGGAGCAGCUAUAAAGGCUCUCCUUGUCUCUGAGCUCCGGACUUCUGUUUAAAUAUUCACAAAAGUGUGUAGACAGUCUAGGGCUUAUCCCAGUAACCCUCUGGAGUCAUUCUUGAGUCUCUGUUAAGGCAAGUGCAUUGACAGUUAACAUUAGUUUGGCCGUCUCUGCCUUGGCACCCCUCCAGCUUGGAGGCCAGACUUCCAACAACUUCUUUGUCCAGAGCAAGCCCAAGCCCCAGAGCAACAGAUUUCAGAAGUGACGUCACGAAACUGGCACUUAGUUUUCAUGGGAAAAGCAGGGUCACCCUUUGGUCCUGACCCAGACAGUCUACCUUGAAAGGCAGCAGGUACAGGAGUAAGAAGCAGCAACUGGAGGGAGGAGAUGGAAAACUAUGGAAAUGCCCCUAUCUAGACCCAUUUAGCACAGGGCCAGUGGGCCCCAAACACAGCAGGAAACCCACAAGUAUCUGUUACAUCUUUGAAGCAGUGUUUCAGUGGAUGAACUGUACAUGGAAAGUAUCUCAGAAUUCAGGAAGCAGGAGACCUGAUUCUAGAUGCCAGCUCUGCCACAUAACUGCCACUCGGUGGAAUGGAGGUAUCACCUGCCUUACCAGCGUCGUCGUAAGGAUUAAAGGAGAUAAGACACGUG